AUGGAGCUGCGAGUCGGAGGCAAGUUCCGUCUGGGCCGCAAGAUCGGCUCGGGGUCCUUCGGAGAUAUCUACAUCGGCACCAAUGUGACUACGGGUGAGGAGGUUGCCAUCAAGCUUGAGUCGAUCAAGUCUACGCACCCGCAGUUGCCACACGAGUCGAGGGUGUAUAGGAUCCUCGCUGGCGGCGUCGGCGUCCCGAACCUGCAUUGGUACGGCGUGGAGGGCGACUACAACGUCAUUGGCAUCGACCUGCUCGGCCCAUCACUCGAGGACUUAUUCAGUUUCUGCAACAGGAAGUUCAGCCUGAAGACGGUCCUGAUGCUCGCGGACCAGAUGAUCAACCGCGUGGAGUACGUCCACGCCAAGAACUUCAUCCAUCGCGACAUCAAGCCCGACAACUGCCUCCAGCUGGACCACGUGGUGGUGGCCAGCAACAUCCAGCCUCUGCUCGAGAUCGACGGGCAGAUCCCGAUGACCUUCAAGAGCACGGCGGAGGUAGCCGACCUCAUCGCGUUCACGGCGAAGAGGGAGACGAAUUGGAUUAAUUCAAGCAAAGACACAACCUUGGCAAGCAACGUCGAGACCAUGAAGACGGAGCCCGAGGUAUACCAGGAAGGCGUCUCCAGCGAGGCGGCCAUGUCAGACGAGAAGCGUGAACGUUCUUGUACGACAAUUCCAUUGUGGGUGACGAGCUCAGUGUUUUUACUGACUAUUACCUUCUUCUUGAUGUGGGGCAUCAAGUGCAUCGUUUCAAGCAUCAUGACAAUGGGUAUCAUGAUGAUUUCGAACCUUGACUACACCUACAGUAUCUCAGAGAUACCGUGUGCUGGUUCAGAUUUUGACAUGGGCAACUUCUUUUCCGAGGUUGGCAAUUUUGACUACGAUCUCACGUUCACGAUGAUCCUUCGCAACGUCAUCAUGACAACGGGUAUCAAGAUGAUUUCGAACCGUGACUACACUUACAGUAUCUCAGAGAUACCGUGUGCUGGUUCAGAUUUUGACAGGGGCAACUUCUUUCCCGAGGUUGGCAAUUUUGAAUACGCUCUCAUCUGUACGAUGAUCUGCUGCAACAUCAUCAUGAUAAUGGGUAUCAAGAUGAAAUCGAACUCAGUUUACCACGAGUAUGGCGAUCUAUGCUCAUGGAUUGGUUCAAAUUUUGACAGGCUAGACUCGCAUAUGGGGUCAGGCAUCAGGACGCACAUGAAUGUCAGUUAUUGUCGGACAGCGAUGUUGAUUCUAAUGACAGACAUCAUUUGGAUUCAGAAGACGGACUACCACACGAACAUCAGGAACUACUAUUGCACUAUGAGGGAGAGUCAAGGGCAGCCACAGCCUGUGUCUCUUCCUUACUGGGCAGGUGUUAACCUGGAGGCUACAACAGCCUGGGAGACGGACAGCACAACUCCCACCGACGAGUGCAUCCCUCCCACUUCAUCCAACGACGGGCCCUUCACUGGCCUUAUCAACUGCAAUAUGAGGGAGAACCAAGGGCGGCCAUGGCCUGUGGAUCUCUCUGGCUGGGCAGGUGUUAACCUGGAGCGACCCAAAAAGAAAAAGACUCCGACAACGCAGAACGGGGACAAGCCACCACCGAACGAGCGACUCCACGAGAGCGGCCUCCGACUGCGGAACUUGUGGGAGCUCCCUGUCUUAGACGAGCCACCGACAUCAGAGUCCAGCGGAAUCUACCUCGCUAAGUCUGACGCAGAUGUUAUCAGUAUAAUGGAAUGGAUCGACAAGAACAACACGGACUAUCCCAAUUACGUGGCUCUAUCGGUCUCAACUCCUUCCGAAUGCUUGAAAGCAGCAGCUAUCGCCUACGACAUCAAGCCUGUGCCAUAUCAGCUCCCAAUAACUAAGGAGACCACGAACAUUGACGGAACCGCCAAGUCGAUCGUAGCCCGACUCGCAAUGGCGCAGCCUAACUUCAAAGGUACGGCCACGAUCAAGAGUGACAGGCUGGUCCUGAUCUCGGCUGAGAUCACGCAAGCUCGGAACGUCCAGGACGCAGAGCUCAUGAUGACCUUGGCCACGACACUAGCGGAGAAGUACCUCACAGAACGUUGCAAAGGCUUACACGGCGCCUGCCUAUCGAUCGACUGGUCCAAGUUCUUCUCUACGAUCCAUCGCAACAUCGGCAACAAGCUGAUCAUCGAGCACAUGGACCACGAGGAGACAACGGAUGGUAUUUGCGACUCCACGCAGAUUAACAAGCAAGACCCGAACGGCAAGCUCAACAACGCCAGCCACGCCUUCGACCACUCCACCGUCAGCUUCGACACAGCCGACGACUCCUGCGACAACUUCGACACCAGCAAGAGCCCCGACCAUGCCAUCGACGGCAUGGGCCCUGAGAAGGCGAUCGAGUUCAAGGCGAACCUGUGCAUACUGACCGCAGACGGCUUCAUGCAGUACCUGAAGGACACCCACGUCAAGGGGAUCUUCGCAAAGAUCGACAACGGCGACUACGAGGCAAGCAACCUCCUCCAGCUCAAGACGGAUCCUCACUUCGAGCUGACCGACAGGGAGAUGCUGAGGCGGAACUCCGAGAUCGAGUACCGCUUCAUGAACAAGUCCCCCCCAUCAAUACAGGACCCCAAGACCCAGCAGCACAUCCCGUAUCGCGAGGGCAAGAACUUGAAAGGCACUGCCAGGUACGCGAGCGUGCACACGCACCUCGGCAUCGGGCAGAGCAGGCGUGACGAUCUGGAGGCGGUGGGGUACGUUCUGAUGUACUUCAACCGCGGCAGCCUGCCAUGGCAGGGCCUUAAGGCCAACUUCAAGAAGGAGAGGUACGAGAAAAUCAUGGAGAAGAAGAUGUCUGCACCGAUCGAGGUCUUGUGCGAACACUUUCCCGCCGAGUUCGUGACGUACCUCAACUACUGCCGCAGCCUGCGCUUCGAGGACCGCCCCGACUACGCCUAA